AUUGAUCGUUUUAAAAAAAUAUUAAUAGCAAACAUUGAAUCUAAUUUAUUCGGAUAUUACUUAUGACGCAGGUUUGGGGGGUGUCAACAGUUGGAUAGUCGAUCGUAAUUUACUAUUAUAAUAAUAAUCUGCGUGCACAGUGCACAACGAAGAGAAAGCAAUAAAUUCAAAAUAGUGAUAGUGGUUAUCGAAUGUGGUUAUUUGUCGAAGACGGGGAAUGCAACACGUGCCAUUCGCACUUAUCUUUUGUUGACUCGAGAGUACAAUAACAAAGCAUUAAUUGUUAUUUUGUGUGAAAUUAAUACUUCCCUUGACGAUAAAAUGCAUUUACGUGCUUUAUUAAUUGUUUUUGUACUAUCUAUGGCACGCGGACAGGACAGAAAGAUAGUAACACAACUAAACCCAGGAUGUGUAGGAUGUGGGACAGACAAAACUCUGAUGUACAUAAGAGCUGAGGGGCCGAAAGACACCAUGCAUUUAGUAUGGGACUUCAUAUACGGACCACCAUUAAUCACCUUGGUGAUAGGUGAAACCAAUUCUUCAUUAGUUGUGAAUUGGAAUGGUACUUCAAUUUCAGAUUUCUUUUUUAAUGGUACUAUAAAAUAUUCGUUCUUUACGAGCUUAUACAAGUUAUAUGAAUACAAUGACACAGAAGACGUUGGAUAUAUGACGCCCCAGAGUCCCUACCACUAUGAUUCUCUAGAACAUUUGACAUGGACCAGGGCGGACGCAGUCUUAAACGAUAAAGAGGUGAUGGUACGCGUCGAUGGACACUUUAGACACAAGCCAGGAACUGUUGAGGUUAAGCUCCGGUACCUGCCGUUCACGGACUACGCGUCGGAUCUGCCGCACCUGAUCCACACCGCCAACUCCACCCUGGUGGACGUGAGCCUCGUGAACCUGACCAGCUCGCGUCGGUUCAACAGCUCUCGGUUUGCCCUCAACAUGGUGCUCCUACCGACGGAUAUCCAGCAGGCUGAUGAACUACAUUUCAUAACCAGGAAGAGCUUGGAUGACGAGCACACACCAGGAGUUUUUGAAAUUAUUGAGAUCAAGACCCCUCAGUCGUUCGCCGGCGAGGAGGGCGGGUACCUGCAGUUCCGUCCGGUCGCGUACACGGACCCCAAGCGAGAAGUCUCGUCUUCCACCAACGUGCACAUGUCGCCAUUCAACAAUACGGGGUCCAACGCGGCAAGAGUUCUGAGACCCCUUGCCGUCAAUAAGGAUAUAUUCGGAGCUCAGACCUUCGUGUCCUUCGGCAUGCCAGGAGACGGCUUCUACACCAAACACAACUACACUGCCUGGUCAUUCACGGCCGGCUACGGCACGCCGCCAGUCGAAGGGUUCUCCCUGUUCGUGAUCAUCAUCAUAUCCAUCGGUCUCGGAGUGCCUGUCCUCCUCGCGCUCAGCGGAAUCAUCUACGUCAUCGACAAGAGGUACAAACAGAGGAACAUGCCACAAAGGCUGACUGAUAAUGAAUGAUGCAGAGGUUAGAUUACCUCACUGUUAGUACAUUGAACAGGGUUAUCCAAACUAUUUAAUGUUAAUAAAAAUAAAAUUCGAAAGCGAGAAGGGAGCUGGGCUAUUGAGUUUAUUGAACAAUAGUAUUUCACGUAUCUUCGUUCCAUCAUACAUAGCUCAGUUUAGCUGAAUUUUCAAGCGAUUCUGUUGGUCAAUAUUCUUAGCUCUGAUUUCCGACCAAUAUUCCGAUUGAUAGAUAAAUAAUUGUAUUAUGUAUGUAGUUGAUGACCGCAUUAAUUUAUAAAAAAAAUACAUCAUUCCGUGUUUUAAAUAUGUUUAAAGUUUUAACUUGUUCGUCCAUAUAUUAAUUUAUUGAUGAAAAUGAAAACACAAUGACAUAUGAAAAAAAAGAUUACUUAGUGUGUCAGGGAUGUUUUAGGUUCUCGACUUUAAGUUUAUUGUUUUAUGUAAGUAUUAAAGAAAUUGACGACACAAAGGUAAAAGCGUUUAUGAAUAUGUAAAUUUUAUAAUUUUUGACUGUGGAUUGCAAUCCAGUGUUUAUAUAGAAAUUUACAACCUUUUUUGAAUAAAAUAUAAUUUGUAAAUCGCUUCCUGACGUUACCAUCGUGAUAAGUAGAGAAAUCUCAUGUAAUGUAGUAGACAAUAAACAUAUUAUUUUAGCAAUUAAAUAACGGAACACUUAGCGCAAUUGCAAAUUAUAGAUGUUUGGAGAGGUUCCUUAUAAAUAUUGAUAGUUGGGUAUAUCCACGCAUAUUAGUUGCAACUGGGACAUGAUUUAGUUUGCUUAGGAUUUAGUAACUUAGGAAUAGAAAUAAUAAUUUAUCGGAAUUUUAUAUUGGAUCGAUCUAUAGACGGAUUCCAAAACUAAACCAGUCCAAACACAUUUGAGGUUGAACAUACAACUAUAUUCUGAUUGGUCCAUUACGACGAUCGAUCCCUAUAUGAAUAUAAAAAACUUUUAACUACGGCAUAUCUACAGAAUUGACAUAUGAUCUUCCGUAUUUUAUACUAUUGUAAUAGGGGAAAAAAUGCAUUACCGUUCCUGCAAUAUUCCCUGAAAGGUGGCAAUUAAAAAUAAUUACCUUUUUUUAUUAGUGAACGUAAUGUUUUAAAGACAUAAAUUGUCGCCAAUCUCUAUGGCCUGUUUGAAAAGUCGCGGUUAGGCUAAGAAGUGACGAAUGCAGGGAACUGGCGCAGUAAUUGAUUUAGAAUAGAAUUUUAUUCCUUGACUUUUAUAUAAAUAGCAAAAUGACCGGUGAACAUUUUUGUGCUUUGGGAAUUAAAAGGGGAUGUUUGAACUUUUUGAUUAGAAUAUUUUGGACUAAUGUAAUACUAUAUAGAAUAUUUUACAGAGUUAUUGGUUUUAAUUCUUUGUUGAAGAUAGCCAAACCUGAGCAUGUCAAUAUUCUUAAACGUAAUAAUAUUAUGUUUUUUUACCGUAGAUAUUACGUAUUAUUGAAUUUGCAAAUAUUUUUACUGAUUUAUUUUUGGCUUUUUGAUAUUAAUUAAUCUUUAGAUUAUGUAACAUAUUCUUCAACAAAACAAAAUAUUGAUUUGUAUUUUUCAUAUUCUUUUUGCUAUAUUAUUAUUUAUGUUUUCACAUUCUUAUCCAAAAAAAAGCUGUAAAUAUAACUGAAUCGAAUAAAAAAAGCCAAAAGUCAUUGUAAAUAGAAAAUACAUUUGCUAUGAAAAAAAUAUGUCGAGAUUGGCGUUAAAAAGCGCAGGAAACUGUGCUGCCACUCAUAUUGUCUGUAUUUUCUGGCAAAUAUUUUAUUAAUAUAUGUUACGUUUAUACAGAAAAUGUGAUGUGUUUUACAGUAUUUGAUCAAAUUAUAAAAAAGUUAUUUAUUGUUAUUAGAUUGUUAAUGUAUGAGAUAACAUGAAGUGUAUAUUUUCCUCAUGGUUAGUUUUUUAUGAGGUUGUACUAACGAUGAUUGCGAAUGUGAGUAUUUUGAGUUUAAAUUUUUUUCUUUUUUGUAAUUCUGUUCUUUAUAUAUAGAAGAGUUUAUAAAAUUAUGGCUUAUACUAGAAUUGAAUUUAUCUAUCUUCAGCUACUUUAAACGGAAUAUUAUUUGGCAGGCCUAAGAGGAGACACGAGCGGUGGCGCAAUUAGUGUGGUCCGCAAAAAAUAUUUUAGACAUUAAUAAAGAGUAACAGACGGUGCAAAAGUUACUUACUUCCGGGCGGCCAAAAUAAAUUCAGCAUUUUGAGAUAUAGAGAUAUAUAGAUAUAAGCAUAGAAUUUUAAAAUUGUGAAUAUUCAAAAUAUUCUUAUUUGUAGAGUCAUUAGUCUCCAUGUUCAUAUUAAACGUAGACAAUUGGUGUAUUUGUUUUAAAUAUUAUAAUGUACAUUUUAAUAGAGGUGUAUAUUUUUGUAAAUAGUAUGUAUAUAAUAGACUUCAGAUUAUGGUGAUUUGAUAGGAAAUCUGUAAUUAGAAUUUGCUAUGUAUUUUUCAUGUGAUACUAAUUUCUUUAAUUGACAAUGAUAUUAUAUGAAAUAAAUGGAUGUAUUUUAAA